ACUUUCAUAAUGGCGACUGCGCAAAUGAUGUCUCAGCAUGCACCCUACCAGCAGCAUGGAUACAAGAACUCCACAAAUUACCAACCCACGAUGCGCUCGGGCAACACCUCGCCGUUGAACUCGUCACCCGCCUCACCUGGGAGCAAUUCGAAUUUGCCCCAGUAUCCCAACUACCCUACACAGCUGCGACCACAGAAGCCUCCAAUCUACGUUCCUGCUGCGCUGCGGAGAACCCAAAGACCGAAUCAGUCGCCUCCCAAAGUCGAUUCGGUCAUGGACCCCACCGAGAGCCCUUGGAUGAACUCUUUCCCACAGUCGCCAGGUGUCGAUGGCAGCCCAUCGCCAUUCCCACGCAUAUCGACAGAGGAUCUCCACAGCAUACAUGAAGAUACCCCUCUGUCCCCGGUGUGCGGACCGAUCACCAAGAACCACUGGCAGCCCGAUAAUUCCACUGCUGUAUGCACCGCCUCUUCCUGCCAGACUCCCUUCGGAGUCUUUGUCCGCAAGCAUCACUGCCGCAAGUGCGGAGGCAUCUUCUGCUGGCAGCACUCCCAGAGGAGAGUGAAGCUGAAUGAGCAUGCACUCUUCCACCCCGAGGGCGAGCUCCAGCGUGCUUGUGACCGGUGCCACUCCCAAUUCCGGGAGUGGGAACAAGCUCGUUCUAGCCGUGCUAACAGCGAGAGCUCCGGGAGCACCACCGCAGUUAGAAUUGGUACGCCGACGGCCGCGAAGCGCCCAGAUGCACAGCGUGUAGGCAGCCUCGCAACGAGCUUCCAAGGCGCCUGGAACUGGAGCACGUUCUAG